AUGGGUGGUAGUCAAGAAGAAGUCGUCAAAGAAUUUAUUAGAGAGCUUCAAAGUAUGGUUGAAACUCGUCCGCCAAUAUCUAAAGCAAAAAUGAUGUCAAUUACAAAAGCAGCUUUAAAGGCAAUUAAAUUUUAUAAACAUAUUGUAAUGAAUGUUGAAAAAUUUAUCAGCAAAUGUAAACCAGAAUAUAAAAUUCCGGGUUUAUAUGUUAUUGAUUCUGUUAUACGACAAUCUCGACAUCAAUAUGGAAUUGAUAAAGAUGUUUAUGGAUCAAGAUUUGCAAAAAAUAUUGUUAAUACAUUACAAUAUGUUGAAAAAUGUCCAGUAGAAGAUAAAAAUAAAAUUUCUCGUGUACUUAAUUUAUGGGAGAAAAACUCUAUUUUUUCUUCUGAUUUAAUUAAACAACUAUUUGAAGUACAUCAAUCAAAUGUAAAUACGGAUGAUUUAUCAGUUAAAACUGAUUUUUCAACUGAUAAACCGAGUGGUGAAAAGUCUUCCGGUGGUACUGAUUUUGAUCGUUUUCGAGAAUUACAAGAAACAUUAAUGCGUGCAUCUGCUAAGGGUGAUUCAGAUACAACAUCAAUAUUAACUGAAAUUCAACAAAUAACUAAUCAAUUAUUAGAAUCUCAUAAAAAACCCACUAUAACGAAUAAUUCCAAUGAUGAACCAUCAUCAACAACACAAUCAAUUAUGAAUCCAGCUGAACCAAUGCAAUCCAACGUUGCUAAUGUACUUGAUGAUUUUGAUUAUGGUUCAGAUAAUGAUGAUGAUGAACCACGUGGACAAACAAUUACAAAUGUUUCAUCGAAUUUUUCUUCGAAUACUAAUAAUAUUCAACAACCAAUGCAUUUUCUUCAACCACCGACUGGAAUGUUAUUAAAUCCAAAUCAUGCAAAUACUGUUUCAUUUCCUUUAACUGAUGCUAAUAAUAUGCCUAUAUCGAUGUCAUUUGAUCCAACACGUCCACCACCAAUCUUCUUUCAACAACCAUUACCAUCAUCACUUUCUGCACAACAACAACAACAACCACAACCACAGCAACAAAUAAAUUACGAUACUAAUCGUCAAAUGUUACAUCAGCCCAUUGAUGUUGAUCUUCGUCCCGAAGAUAUGGAAGCAGAUAAUUCUGACGAUUAUCAUCAUCAUGGUAUGUCAUCAUCACCCUCACGUCAUCAUUAUAAUCGUCGUCGAUCUCGUUCACGUUCACGAUCUCGAUCACGUGAAUCAAAACGAACACGUUCAUCAUCAAAUUCAAUGAAUCGACGAGAUUCAGCUGCAUCACGUUUAAAAGACACUGAAAGACGUGAACGCCGUCGAAAAGGUUUACCACCACUUAAAGAAGGUCAUCUUGUUGUCAGUUCAAGAACGCUUUGGCUUGGACAUUUACCAAAAAUUAUUAGUGAAAUUGAUUUACGUGAACAACUAGAACCACAUGGAGAAAUAAACGAUAUUAAUCAUAUUCCUCCACGUGGUUGUGCAUUUGUUUGUUUUAAAGAACGUUCUGAUGCUUCAAGAUGUUUAGAAAAAAUGAAAGAUUUUCAUUUUCACGGAAAUCCAAUUAAAAUUGCAUGGGCAACAAACAAAGGUUUAAAAGAUCGUUUUAAAGAUUGUUGGGAUGCUGAUCAUGGUUGUACUUAUAUACCUUAUUCAGAAUUAAAAGAUAUUCCUAAUUUAACAGCAUUAGCUGAAGGUGGAACCAUUGAUGAAGAAUCAAUGCCAUCAUUUUUAAAAUCUACUAUUCCACCAAUGCGUGUUGAUGUUCCUCCAAUAAUUCAUCAACAACCAACACAACCACUUGUUCAUUCCCAAACAUCAUUUGCACAUCAAGAAUUUCCACCACCAACAAAUCUUCCACCUAGACCAACAACUGUUCAUUUAGAAUCAUCAAAUCGUUUAGGGCCAGCUCCAACAAUUCUAAUGGCACCAUCACAUGAAUCUUCAAUACGUGUUGGUUUACCUGUUCAAAUGAUGCCACCAGGUGCACAAAUUAUACAAGUACAACAACAUCCACAUGGGCAACCUGUACAAGUUGUUCAACAUAUAGCCGGACGAGUAUUUCCUAAUAGUCAGAUUGUUCAUCAGAUGCCUUAUGGUCAUGUAGUUGCAACUGCUCAACCACCACCUCCUAUACAAUUACAACAUCAUCCUACCGAAUUAAAAGAUCUCAAUCCACAAACAUUUGCACAUGGCGGCGGUUUGCAUCUUUUAACAAAUGCAACUGCUGUACCAACUCAUCAUCAUUUUGUGACUACUGCACCAGUAGCGACAGGAGCUCCAUUAACGACUGCUACUUUUGCUCGCACUGUUGAGGGUCCUACUUUAAUUCAAUUUCGUGAUGAUUCUCAUCGACGACUUUCACCAUCAGUAUCAGCACAUUUUGAUGAACAUCAUCGUCAUCAUUUAUCAUCAACUGACGAACAAUUAGUUCAUCUUUCAACAUCAUCGACACAUUUUCCAUCAUCAUUAAUUGGUGAAUCACCAUCACCAAAACGUAUUCAUCAUCAUCAAUUUGGAAAUAGUAUGAUACAAGGGCAACCACCACCACUUUUACCAACACCAACGAAAAAUGAUGAACAUCAAAAACAAUCACCUUUUCCACGGCGACCAAAUCGUUUUGAAGAACGAGAAGAUUUAUCACAAACACAAGAUAAUAUUGGAAACUAUUCAGGAUAUCGUGGUGGACGAGGUGGUUAUAAUGAUCGAACAAAUUCUGGUGCCAUAUCAAGAGGUUCUAAUCGAGGAAGAGGAGGUGGUGGAAAUAGUAGUGGUCGAGGUUAUUACAAUAAUAAUGAUCGAAGUGGUCGAUCCGAUAAUAAUGAUGGAGGAUUUCGAAAUCGAGGUGGUUUUAACAGAGGAGGUCGUGGUGGUGGUGGUAAUAGUAGUGGUCAAUCUCGGUUUUUUCCUCGUGGUAAUCAUCGAGGUAAUAGUCAUGAUCAUUCAUCAUCACGUCGAUCAUCUCGUAGUCCUGAUCGUCGUUCAUCUUCAUAUCGUAAUGAUCAUAAUACAGAUAAAUAUUCUUCAACAACAACAACAACAACAAGUGGAUUUUCUGCACCACCAUCUGAUGAAUUUUCUCAUCGUUCAUUACCAGUUGAAGCACUACGUAAAAGAGAUCAAUCAAAUAUUGAUUCAUUAUUAAAUAAAUCAUCAUUAACUAUCGAUGAAACUAGUGGUAGUAGAAGUGGGCAUACUGAUUAA